CCGCACACACGCACGCGCCACGGUCCCACACACCCCGACACCUCUCGCUAUUGAUGGACCCUACUUUGACAGACCCUCUUCCGAACAUGGCAUCCACUACUGCGACUGAGCCCGGCACUGACGGUCGUCUGGCCCCCAAUGGCAACUAUGGCGCCAGUGACGCGACGCCGGCAGUGGUCGCGGUCAAUGUGUCGGCAACCAAGGAAAAUGCACCGUUGCUUGCCGGAGGUGCGGCCAGCCAGGCUGAGAACGGACAGACCGCAGCGGUAGCGACGACAGGCAGCCACGGUGGGCGGUCGGCCGGAUCGGGCAGCGAGGGCGAGGCCGUGCUCGGCGUGGCGCCCAAGGUUGCGCUUGCCUCGCUGUACACCUUUGCGGUCCUUGUUGCGCACUUUUUCCUGGCGACGACAGGCAUCCUGCUGAUGAAGGAGUCAUACUCGCUCCCGUACAACGCGGGCUACUUUUACUUUACGCUGGCAUUUGUUGCCGGUGCGCUGGCCAUUCCGAUCUUGCUUGUGGUCUCGAUGAAGGCGUCGGGCGAGGUGACAUGCCAUCCGGGCGAGUACUCGUGGAUCAUGCUUGGCCGGCUGGUGACGCUCGCACUGUACGUGCUCUCGCUCGGCUAUGGUGGCUACUUUGUGCUCUCUGUCACUGGCUCGGGCUGCGCCACCAACAUCCAAGCGUGCGGAACGAGUACCAAGGAUCUGGUUCAGUACAUGGUGUACUUUAUGCUCUGCGGCGUGCUCGCCAUCUGGGACGCAUGCUUCAGCUCGCGCUACCGCGGGCGCAACCCGUACUAAAACGCCACCGUUGCUGCC